CAAAUCGACCAAUGUAUAUAUAAAUACAACUUUGCAAAAAAAUUAGCUGACUCUUGAUACGUGGAAUUUUCGAAUAUAAACUAAUAAAAUGCUGUCGUAGUAUUUAAUUGUUUAUGAUAAAAAAUAAAUAUUAAUUAAUAUGCACGUGAGAAUUUGCUGACUGUAAAUACGUGUCAUUUGAAUAGGUACUCCUUCUACUAUUCUAUUGUAUUUAUCCCUAUAUAAACGAGAAGUUUUUCUGAAAUUUUAUCAUUCGAAUAUCAAGACUGUAAGGAAAGAAAAACAACAUUCAAUAGAAAUGGAACAACAAUUAAAUAAUGUUGCUAAAAUGGAAAGCAAAUUGGAUGUCAAAAAAAUGUCUGAGUUGGAGGUUAAUAGAGAGUACAAAGUAACAGCUCUACAAAAGAUUCAUAAUGAAUACAAUGGAGUUAUGGCUACAUUAAAUGAUGAAUUUAAUGUCUUUCUACCCAGCAGAAUCGCCAAGUUUAUGAAAAAUAAUGAUUAUUUUACAAAAAUCAAGAAAGCAGCGAUCGAUGGAUGCUUGGAUCUUCUUUUUUUGGGAGGAAAAUACAACAAAUACAAAAAAAAUGAUUAUAAUAUAAAACUGAUAAACACCAAGACUAAGCGACUUUCAAAAAAUUGUAAAUUAUUGAAAGAUUUGACAAAAGAUGUUUACUAUGCUGUAACAAAAAUUCAAAGUUACUGUGGAAAAAAGUCUGGUGCAAGACUAUCAGUCGAAAUAAAUAAUAAAUAUACUGUUUUCUUACCGAAAAAUAAUGCUGAAUAUUAUUUUUAUAAUAAAAAAAAGUUCCUUGAAUUAGAGGAUGGUAUUAAAAGAAGAGUUUUAACAUUACAAUGUAUUGGAGAAAAUAAUCAAGUUGUAUUAUUAGAAAAUUGGCCUAAGCCUAUACACACAAUAUUCAAUAAAUAA